AUGCCCCAACCUCCAGCUCCACCUCCCGGUGCCUUCCCUAGCUCCCAUGUCACUCCCGUAGUUACUUCUAGCGGACCUUCUAGCGUUCACAGCACCACUCCUUCGGUGACUUCGAGUCCGUUGCACCACGUGCACCAACCGCCGCCCAUAGUGACGGUAUCAGCUGCUAGUCCUAGUGGUGCUAGUGGCACACAGAUUUCUAGGCCGAGUUCACCUGGAGACUCCAGACCUAGUUCGCCUGCGCAUACGUUCACUUUUACUAUUAUCAUGAAGAAAGUGACGCCGAUAGAUGAGUUUGAUGUGGCUUUGUAG